AUGGACGACGAUACCAAACGAAUUAUUACGAUCAAUCAUGGGCCACAGCAAACCAAAUUCGUUAGUAAUCGUAUAAGCACAAGCAAAUAUUCAAUUUUAUCAUUCUUACCGAAAUUUCUCUUCGAACAAUUCCGAAAAUAUUCAAAUAUAUUUUUUCUUUGUAUUGCUGUUCUACAACAAAUUCCUGGUGUAUCUCCAACGGGAAGAUAUACAACAGCAGUCCCCCUAUCGAUUAUUCUCUGUUGUGCAGCUAUUAAAGAAAUUAUUGAAGAUGUGAAACGACAUUUCCAAGAUGGUGCCGUGAAUAAACGACGAGUUUUGAUUUAUCGGAAUGGCAAUUGGUUGUAUACAACUUGGCAACGAGUGAAAGUUGGUGAUAUCGUCAAAGUUCUUGAUAAUGAAUUCUUUCCAGCUGAUCUUGUUUUACUUUCAUCCGGUGAGCCACAUUCAAUAUGUUACAUUCAAACGUCGAAUCUCGAUGGAGAAACGAAUCUUAAAGUCCGACAGGGUUUACCACAAACUGCACAUAUGAUUUCCAGUGUCCAGUUACGAGAUCUAUUGGGUGUGAUUGAAUGUGAAUUACCCAAUCGAAAUCUUUAUGAUUUUGCUGGCACAUUAAAACUUAAUAAUGUGGCUUUUCCGAUUCCACUCGGUUCUGAUCAAAUACUUUUACGUGGUUCACAAUUGAAGAACACUGCGUGGAUCUAUGGUUUAGUUAUUUACAGUGGACAUGAAACAAAAUUAAUGAUGAAUUCAUCAUCAGUUCCAUUUAAACGUACAAAUGUCGAACAAGUGACAAACAGUCAAAUUUUAUUCUUAUUGGUUUUGUUGCUUAUCCUAUGUUUAUUCAGUACAAUUGCUGGAGAAAUAUGGAAUUAUCGCAAUAAAGCAGCGCAUUGGUAUCUUGGCUUAAUGCGUCUGACAGAUGAUAAAACAGCCAAUUCGAUACCAAAUCAUUUUGGUUAUACAUUCUUGACAUUCUUUAUCUUGUUCAACAAUUUGAUUCCUAUAUCUCUGCAAAUAACAAUUGAUCUUGUUAAAUUUAUUCAAGCAUAUUUUAUCAAUUGGGAUAUAGAUAUGUAUGAUCCAGAAACUGAUACUCCAGCUAGCGCACGAACAUCUAAUUUAAAUGAAGAACUGGGACAAGUGAAAUAUAUUUUUUCCGACAAAACUGGUACACUAACAAAGAAUGUGAUGAUUUUCAAACAGUGUACUAUCAGUGGUAUUAUGUAUGGAUCAGGAAAUGUUGCAGAAUUUAAUAGUUAUGAACUGUUGAAAAACUUAGAGUAUCAUACUAGUAGCAAACAAAUUCGUGAAUUUCUUACGCUUCUGGCGACUUGUCAUACAGUUGUACCUGAAAAUAAAUUGAAUACAGAUUCAUUGAAUGACGUUGCGUAUCAAGCAUCAUCUCCAGAUGAAUAUGCAUUGGUGACAGCAGUGAAAGAAAUGGGAGUGGUAUUCUUUCGUCGUACGCCGGACAGUGUGGUUAUUAGCUUUCGCGGUCAAGAAGAAACAUAUGAGAUAUUGAAUGUUUUGGAAUUCAGCAGCGAGCGAAAACGAAUGAGUGUUAUUGUUCGUUCUCCCAACAAUGAAAUCAAGUUAUAUUGUAAAGGCGCUGAUAGUGUCAUCAUGGAACGACUUGUAGCCGAUGAACCAAAUGUUCCACUUACAACAGAACAUUUAGAAAGUUUUGCUAAAGAUGGUCUUCGAACACUGUGUCUUGCUUAUCGAACAUUGACUGAUGAAGAGUAUAGGGAAUGGCUUGUUCAACAUCGGGAAGCGUCAACAGCAAUUAAUAAUCGAAGCGAAUUAGUUGCUGAGGUAGCAGAAAGAAUUGAGAGAAAUCUGAUUCUGUUGGGUGCAACUGGCAUUGAAGAUAAACUACAGGACCAAGUUCCAGACAGUUUAUCAAUGUUAUUGAAAGCUGGUAUCAAGAUUUGGGUAUUGACGGGUGAUAAAAAGGAAACAGCCGUUAAUAUUGGUUAUUCAUGCAAACUUCUAUCGGAUCAAUUGUUGAAUUUAACUUUGGAUGAAGCAACCCUUGAUGAUACGCAACGUCAAUUACGUGAACACUGUCAAACAUUUGGUGACUCAUUACGAAAAGAAAAUCUUGCUUCACUUAUUAUUGAAGGCAAAACACUUAAAUACGCAUUAUCACCAUCCUGUCGACAAGAUUUUCUCGACUUAGCAAUAUCCUGCAAAACAGUUAUUUGUUGCCGUGUCAGUCCGAAACAAAAGGCUGAAGUUGUUGAAUUAGUUAAACAAUCAACAAAUGAAAUAACUUUAGCAGUUGGUGAUGGUGCCAAUGAUGUUGGAAUGAUUCAAACCGCACACGUUGGUGUAGGAAUUAUGGGCCGAGAAGGUGUUCAAGCUGCAUGCGCAUCGGACUAUACUAUUGGACAAUUUCGAUUUCUAACGAAACUAUUAUUUGUUCAUGGUGUUUGGAGUUACCGACGUUUAUGCAAAGUACUACUUUAUUCCUUCUACAAAAACAUCUGUCUCUACGUCAUGGAACUUUGGUUUGCAUUUCAUAAUGGUUUUUCUGGACAAAUUCUCUUUGAACGAUGGACAAUUGCAAUUUAUAAUGUUUUAUUUACUGCAGCGCCACCAAUGGCCUUGGGAUUACUAGAUCGAUGUUGUAGUGCAGAGACAAUGAUGAGAUUUCCGGCCAUUUAUAAGAUGUCUCAAAAUCGAUCAGACUUCAAUAUUAAAGUUUUCUGGAGUUGGUGUCUGAACGCUGUUUAUCAUUCAAUUAUUCUCUACUUCAUGUCCUACGCUAUGCUUCGACAUGAUGUUGCUCAUCCUAAUGGAAUUGUUUUCGGAAGUCAUCUAUUUCUGGGCAAUUGCGUUUACACUUAUGUUAUCUUUGUCGUUUGUCUCAAAGCUGGAUUGGAAAGUGAUUCAUGGACAAUGCUUACACAUAUUGCUAUUUGGGGAAGUAUUGCUUCGUGGUUUGUGUUCUUCAUUAUCUACAGUAAUUUCUGGCCAACAAUUCCAUUGGCCCCGGAAAUGCGUGGUAUGGCAAAGUACGUUUUCUCAAGCAUGUAUUUUUGGUUCGGUUUAAUCUUGAUUCCAAUAACUGCAUUAUUGGCUGAUUUUAUCUAUAAUUGUUUGCAACGAACACUUUACAAAACUUUGAUGCAAGAAGUGCAAGAAAAAGAAGUUGCAAAUCAGGAUCCGUAUGAUUUAGUCAUGGCUCGACAAACGUCAACCGUGUCGCGUGUUGCAGAACGACUCGCUUUAUUAAAAAGCGUUUUUGUUCGAACGCGAACACCGAAAAUGUCCGGAAUUAUUCCUGGACCUUAUCAUGGUUUUGCUUUUUCGCAAGAAGAAGACGGUGUUGUACCACAAAAUCAGCUCAUCCGAACCUGCGACACAAAUAUUCAGAAGCCCCCGGGUCUAUAA